UUAAAGAAGACAAUACGAAAUUAAUGUUUUUAAAUAUUUUAACUAGUUUAAGAAGCAGGAUAUUGCUUUUUUCGAUUAUAUUUUGAUACAACAAUCUACAAAAAACUGAAAGAUCAACAAAUUAUUAAGGAAACUGCUAGAAAUCACGAUUUAUUUUCACAUCUUUAAAAUUGCAAUCUCUUAUUCAUCAAUUUGAAUUAAUCCAGCUGAGUUAAUUGAGAUAUAAUACGAAAAUGGAUGUACAAGCGCUUGUCAAUACACCAUUCAUUAGGAUUCGAAUUGUUGCCUUUGUGCAUUUUACCUUGAUUGUAAAUGCCUUAUUGGGACAUUGGGCACCUUCUGCAUAUUUAUUCUACAACAUUUUAUUUAUGGUUUCAUUAAUGUGGUCUAUACAUUCGAGGGAAUCUACAGAUGCCAUACAAUGCGCUGCAGCAAUAGAUUUUUCGUCAUUCUUCUUCGAUCUUAUUCUCAUCGUCUCAUUUUUCCCAAGUACAGGCGGUAUUUGGAGUGUGAUAUUUGCCGUUUUCAACAUGAUUGCUCGUCCAUUCUCUUUGAUACUCCUACACAAAGAAUUAGUCGAUAGAGGCGGUGAUUUUGUGCUUGUUAAUGUUGUAACUCAACCAAAUAAUGCUAGAACACCGAGAAAUUAUCAAGACAUUGACGGUUCACGCCCAACACCACCACAAAGCAAUUCUGCACAAUCGAAUAUAAGCAAUCUCUUUUAAAGGUUGAUUAUUACUUCUAGUUAUGUCCAAUCUAAGUGUCUAAAAUGUUGUCCAGUGAUAAUCAAGUUUAACAUACAAAGAUAAUAAGUUUCAGGAUUUUUAAAAAGGCAACUCCUGAAAUUAUUUGUGUCAAGCUUCUACAUUAAUUUGAAUUUUAAGAUGCAUUAUAUAUUUUUAAAAGGAUGUUAUCUGUGGACCAGUUUAUCUACUAUUGACUGUAAAAUUUUUAUAAUUGUCUCGAAUAUUUCCUAUUUUUAUACUAAGAUCUCUCAACUUUUAAAUACUUUUCUGCAUUUUUAUGAAUUCCAUUUCCUUGAUAUUCUUUACACUUUGAUGUCCAUAAUUUCUAUUCAUCUUGCUU